ACAGGCAAAGAAGCAAGAUCUCCUCUCAGCCCCCGCUUGUGGGCUGCUGCUGCUGCUGCUGUGGCCGCCCCGCCCUUCCUCGCCCCUCCCCACCCCCAAGAGGGCGCGAAGGCCAGACCCAGAAGCUGCGUAGGACGAGUCCGCUGCCGAAGCGCCUCCGCCGUUCUAGCUCUUUCUCAACUCCAGCCCCGCCACCGCCUCAGCCCCUCCGGCCACCCCGCGUGAGAAUGAGGGCUUCUCGAGGCACUGCCUGAGAGCCGGAGUUGACUGGCUGCUCCUGGUUUCUGUUUUCCUGAACAAGAGAGCAAGAGAGAGAGAAGCAUGAGAAACUUCCAGCAUCUCCAUCUACAACACCGGUUUAUACAACUUUUGCUACUCCUGGGGGUAAUUGUCUUCUUUAGUGGUAAAGUGCAAGCUGGAGGAAAGUCCCAUACUGGACCAUGUGCAGGAAGAGACUGUACCGGGGGCUGUGAAUGUUUCCCAGAAAAAGGAGCUCGUGGCCUACCAGGACAACUUGGACAACAGGGACCCCCUGGGCCACCUGGAGUGGAAGGUAUCCCAGGACUGCCAGGACACAAAGGUGACAAAGGUGAAAGAGGUCGACCUGGAGUAACUGGACCAAAAGGAGAAGUGGGACAAAGAGGGGUUACUGGGUUUUCUGGUGCAGAUGGUGUUCCUGGUCAUUCAGGUCAAGGAGGGUCAAGGGGGAAACCAGGCCACGAUGGCUGCAAUGGGACCAAGGGAGAUCCUGGUCAACAGGGAAGUCAGGGAACUGGAGGCUCACCUGGUUUCUCUGGAAUCCAAGGACCCAAAGGUCAGAAGGGGGAACCAUUUGUGCUGACUCCAGAAUUAGCCAUAAAAUUUGUGGGAGAUCCUGGCGACCCAGGUUUUAUGGGCUUCCAAGGUCCUCAAGGUGCCCCUGGUUUGGUGGGUGCAUUUGGUCCAUCUGGAAACCCUGGUCUACCUGGGCCUCCAGGGCCACCAGGACCACCAGGGCCACCAGGCAAAAGAGAGCUUGGCUUUUACGAAGAAAAAGGCGAAAAGGGUGAACCUGGUGACCCUGGUCCUCCAGGGCUUCGAUCAUCAACCCCAGAGCUGGUCACUACAACUGAUGUAAUUUCAAGUGAAUAUAAGGGUGUGAAAGGUGUGAAAGGAAUAAGGGGAGAACCUGGAAUUCCGGGUUCACAUGCAUAUCCCGGCGAAAAGGGAGAAGAAGGAAUAACAGGCUUUCCAGGAAGCAGAGGUUUGCCAGGAGUCAAUGGUCUAAAAGGUGCUAAAGGGAACAUAGGUAUCCCAGGAUGGGAUGGCACCCCUGGGCCCGCUGGUCAAAAAGGAAUGCAGGGAGAACCUGGAGAUGUGGGUAUUCAAGGACCACCAGCUUAUGCACAGCAGCCCAUCCUUGUAAAAGGAGCAAGAGGUGACUGGGGAGCCCUGGGUACGCCUGGGCCUGGAGGAGACAGAGGCGAGCAAGGCAGUCCUGGCCUUCCUGGCUUGUGGGGACCAUCCGGUGAUACCUCUAGAGGAAGAGGUUUGCCUGGAGAAAUAGGGCCCAAAGGUUAUGUUGGUGAUCCAGGUUUACAAGCUAAUUAUUCAGGUCCUCCAGGUUUGGAUGGUGAGCUUGGAGCACCUGGUUUUCCUGGCCCACCUGGCCCUCCGGGCUGUCCAGCAUUGUCUGUUGGGCAGAAGGGAUUACCAGGAAAGCCUGGUACUAUGGGUAGUCGAGGUUACCCAGGACUUCGAGGAGGAAAGGGAGGAAAGGGUGAGGCAGGAGAUUGCAUAGGUGAUGAAGGAAAAAGGGGUCCUGCUGGGCUACCUGGGCCACCAGGUUUUCCAGGUCCAUCAGGACUGCCUGGGAGAAAAGGAGAACAUGGAGAUCAAGGCCAGCAUGGGCUUCCUGGCUUUCCUGGUACAAAGGGAUCCCAUGGUGUAUCUGGACCACCUGGGCGAAAAGGGGUAAAAGGGGAUCCCCGAUAUGUUUCAACAAAAGGUGCCAAAGGAGACCAAGGAAGUUCUGGAAAUCCUGGAGCUAAAGGAGAAGAUGGCUUACCAGGCAGAGAUGGCAGAGAUGGUUUCUCAGGACUUCCUGGGCUUCCAGGGGAUGGUGUGAAAGGUGCCAUAGGGGAUGCUGGUGAACCAGGACCACCAGGCCCUAAGGGGUUUCCCGGUGAAGCUGGUCUCCCUGGUGUUGGCUUACCAGGUCCAAAAGGAGAUCGUGGCCCUCUGGGUGAUCAUGGGACAUAUGGGAAUCCUGGUUUUCGAGGCCCUCCAGGCCCUAAAGGUGUUCCUGCUGAAAUAGAUUGUGGACAAACAAUAGAAGGCGUUAUCAGAGGUAACAGAACUGAACCAAUACAGCCAGGGACUGGUUGCAUUAAAGCCCCAAAAGGAGCUCCAGGAAAUCCAGGUUUGCCAGGACCAAGAGGUGCAAAAGGUGCAAAAGGAAUUCUAGGGGAACCAGGUCUGCAUGGAUCAUUGGGGCUGAAAGGUCCUCAAGGGGACCCGGGUAAUGAAGGUUUAGCAGGUCCACCAGGAUUUCCUGGACCCAGAGGACGCAUAGGUGCUCCAGGAUUCCCCGGGAAACAGGGCUUUCUAGGCAGUGAUGGUUUGCCAGGUUUGCCAGGGCCUCCAGGAGUAAAAGGAAUUACAGGCGAUAUAUUAGGAGCCCCAGCAGGCUUCCAAGGAGAUGUUGGACCAUCUGGAUUCCCAGGACUAAAAGGAAUCCAAGGAGAUCAAGGUGUACCAGGACUUAGAGGCAGUGAUGGCAUUCCAGGUCCACCUGGAGCCAAAGGGCAUCAUGGGUCUAUCGGUCUGCCUGGCUUGACUGGUAUUCCAGGACUACCAGGAUCAUCCGGAUUCCCUGGACUGCCAGGCCAACAAGGUUCCAUGGGCAGAACAGGGUCACAAGGGUCUGUUGGCUCACCUGGUUCCAUAGGAGAUUCAGGAGCCCAAGGAGCACCUGGUCCUGUAGGGAUGAAAGGUCUGAGAGGGGACAAAGGUGAAACAGGUUUCCUUGGAGUUAAAGGCAGAGCUGGUGAGACUGGUCUCCCUGGAAUAGAUGGAAUGCAUGGCCUCCCAGGUCUGAAAGGUGCUAAAGGCUCACCUGGUGUUGGAGGUUUCAAAGGCACUAUAGGCAUCAAAGGCUGGCCAGGAAGGAAGGGAGCCCAGGGAGAGAGUGGUCUUCCAGGUGCACAAGGUCCUCAAGGCCCGCCUGGCGAAUCAGGAUUUAAAGGUGACCGUGGAGAACGUGGACUACCAGGAGCACCUCCCAAAUUCAUUCCAGGCAUACUGUUCCAUGUGAAAGGUGAAAAGGGAGAUGAAGGAGAAAAAGGUGCCAAGGGAAACACUGGUUUAAGAGGCGAUAAAGGAAUGGUAGGCUUCCCUGGCCAGAUAGGAAGCCCAGGUUCACCUGGAUUGCCAGGUUAUGUUGGCGGUCAGAAAGGAGACAUUGGGGUUAAAGGAGUCAAAGGCGCUCCAGGAUAUGCUGGUGUCCAAGGACCUCGUGGUUUUUCUGGCUUCCCUGGAACCGCAGGACAAAGGGGAGAAAAGGGAAUUCCAGGAACUGUGGGUUUAUUUGGUGAAAGGGGCCAGUCUGGGGAAGUUGGCAACAGAGGAGAUACAAUAGGCUUGCCAGGACAAGUAGGUCCUAAAGGGGAUGCUGGCAUAACUGGAUCCACAGGUGUGAAAGGAGCCAAAGGAGCAAAAGGUGAAGGCGGUGAUCAAGGUUUUUCUGGCAUUGAAGGCAUGAAGGGCCCCCAAGGUACCCCUGGCUUAAGAGGAUAUGAAGGCUUGCCUGGGCAGGUUGGCGACCGAGGCUUGCCUGGAGAUCCAGGCGUUCCUGGAUUAUCAGGUGAAAAAGGAAGUUCUGGUUGGCCUGGAGUUCUAGGAGCUAAAGGUGCCACUGGCACUGGAGGAAUCCCUGGAUUAGAUGGUUUGCCGGGUACCAAGGGCUUGCAAGGAUCGCCAGGUGCAGAUGUCUCUGGUUCACCCGGUUUCCCAGGUAUCUGGGGUGACAAAGGUACAGCAGGAGAGCCAAGCCCUAUUGAAGGCAAUAUAGGCGCUCCUGGUCAGAAAGGAGAAAGAGGAGAUCCAGGACUGCGAGGCCCAGCUGGGGAUAAUGGGCCUGAUGGGAUGCCAGGCCUUCCUGGAGUGUCCAACAUAUCUGGAACACCUGGUGACAGGGGGUUGCGAGGUUUGGAUGGAGUGCCAGGCUACCAAGGACCUCCAGGGAGACCAGGUAUAAAUGCUCCACCUGGAACCAAAGGAGAAGUGGGAAAUGUAGGUGUAAUUGGAGAAGAUGGCCUAAAGGGAAUUAGAGGAGAUCCUGGCCCAGAUGGAAGCCCUGGAAUACCCGGGUUGCCUGGUACAAAAGGAUACAAAGGUGAACAAGGACUCAUGGGAUUUGUUGGCUUAGUGGGAGUUCCUGGUGACUUUGGUCCUGUUGGACCCAAAGGAGACAGAGGGCUUACUGGAAUUACGGGACCUCCAGGUUCCCCUGGACUGCCUCCCCUCCCACCUAAACUAGUUGCUAUGCAAGGGACACCAGGUGCGCAUGGGAGCAGAGGGCCUCAAGGCAGUUGGGGUGAAACGGGUCCCCCAGGUGCCCCAGGAGAUCCAGGUUUUAGAGGCCCAGCAGGUAAACAAGGACUGCAAGGAAGAGGGGGAAUAUCAGCCUCUUCGGGUUUUCGAGGUGAUCAGGGGAGAGCAGGACUGCAGGGCCCAGGCGGCUUUGAAGGUGCAGCAGGUGAUCCAGGUACUCCUGGACUGCCAGGCAUGCCAGGCCGCAGUGUUAACAUAGGAUACCUCCUGGUGAAACACAGCCAAUCUGAACAAGAGCCAAUGUGUCCAGUGGGUAUGAACAAACUGUGGAGUGGCUACAGCUUGCUGUAUUUUGAAGGACAGGAGAAAGCACAUAACCAGGAUCUCGGCCUAGCUGGAUCAUGUUUGGUGCGAUUCAGCACCAUGCCUUUUCUUUACUGCAAUCCUGGGGAUAUCUGCUAUUAUGCAAGCCGCAAUGACAAAUCGUAUUGGCUCACAACUACAGCUCCCCUUCCAAUGAUGCCUGUGGAAGAAGAAGGAAUCCAACCUUAUAUCAGUCGUUGUUCAGUCUGUGAGGCUCCAGCUGUUGCUAUAGCUAUCCACAGCCAAGAUGUUUCUAUUCCACACUGCCCUGAAGGAUGGCGAAGUUUAUGGAUUGGUUAUUCCUUCCUUAUGCACACAGCAGCCGGUGCUGAAGGAGGGGGCCAGUCGCUUGUUUCUCCAGGGAGCUGUUUAGAAGAUUUCAGAGCAACGCCAUUCAUCGAAUGCAAUGGAGCUCAAGGAACCUGCCACUAUUUCGCAAAUAAAUACAGUUUCUGGCUUACCACUAUUGACAAUCAAUUUCAACAUUCACCCUCAGCAGAUACACUGAAGGCAGGGCUCAUCCGAACACACAUAAGCAGAUGCCAAGUUUGUAUGAAAAAUUUGUAAAACAAAGGAGUUAUUCCAGUAUGUCUUGGAACAAGUUUACAAGAAAAUUUGUUAAACAAAAGUUUUAUUCCAGUAUGGCAUGGAAUAUCUUGGUGCUUAUUUAAACUUGUUACCUCAAAACCUGAAUAUAAGAUUGAUGUAUUAUCUGGAAGAAUGAACCACUGUAAAUGCUACCACUACUAAGUUGCAGUUUCUGCUACUACAUCAUUUGCAAGACUAACUUUUGUACUGUUGCAAAUAGAGUCUAGUUCACUUGUCUGGCUGAAACAAUAGAGAUGAUUUAAUUACCUAACCUACUUGUUGCCAAUGUAUGCAUUUGUUUUGUAUAAUUAUUGAAAACAAUGGUCAUUGAGUAGUAAAGGCAAAGUGUGCCGUCAAGUCGGUGUUGACUCCGGGCGCCCACAUAGCCCUGUGGUUUUCUUUGGUAGAAUACAGGUGGGGUUUACCAUUGCCUCCUCCCGUGCAGUAUGAGAUGAUGCCUCAGCAUUUUCCUAUAUCACUGCUGCCCGAUAUAGUACCAGUGGGGAUUUGUACCGGCAACAUUCUGCUUGUUAGUCAAGCAUUUCCCCACUUAAGCCACUUAAGGUGACUAUAAUUAACAUUAAAAUGAGUUAGUUCAAAGAGCUGAAAUGCAAGUACCAUAAAGGGGUACUAAAUUAGAAUUAUGCUCAGGCACUUGUUCAAAGAAACUAUCUCUUCUAAUUUGUAAGAUUUGUCCACAAUCUGGCAUAAAGUUUGGCCCACUAAUUUCAAUGUGACUUCAAACAUACACCAGACUGUGGUUUUUUGUGUGUUGUACCUCUAUUUCAGGAGCACUCUUCUCACAGUUUUGUUUUGUUUUAAUUACAUAGUAUGUUGCUUCAUAUGCCCAUUUGUUUCUGUAGCCUGAAGCAUUGCCUUGAGUUGUGUUUUAUGAAAGGCGUUACAGAAAUUGAACUAUACGAUAAAUGAGCUUUGUGUGCCUCCCCAACUUUGACUGAUAACUUGUUUAGAGUGCCAGCCACUGCAUCCUGAACAAAAAAUGAUUAUUGGCCCUUCUCCCUGGCCCCCACAAUCCAGCAGAAAGAAGCAGGACACUAAGAUCAGAGUUCAUUUCUCCCUUUAUACUUCUGAAGAGACGAGUAUGGUUUCCUUGUGCUAUUCCCAGAUCCCAUUCGCAAUCAGGCUCUGUCAUCCUGUGCCAACAGUCUCUUUGCUGCCAGGGAGCAGCAGCCAAGGGAAGGUGCUUUCAAAACUGAGUUACAACUGAACCACUUGUGGGGCACCAUCUUCUACCCACUGUCCCCUGGUACAAGAAUAAUCAGGAAGGACAAAAGGUGUAUUUGCAUUUAAUAAAAUAAUUAUUUAUCUUG